UGCAGGAGAGGGGGAGGUGGGCGAGGAGGGCGCCAUGUACCCCGAGGCCCGCGCGGGCGGCGGGAGGGACACGGGGGCGACUCGGGACGCCUCUGGCGGCGGACCCCUCCCCAGCCCGACAGGUGAGCGCGGGCGGGCCUCGGGGCGGAGCUCGCCGGCUCCAACGACCACCCUCCGCGCCACCGCCGCCGCCAAAGCACAGAUUCUAUCUGGGUGCUGGCACUCAGCCACUCCUCUGCCAAUGAAGUACAUCUUGGUCACUGGUGGGGUCAUCUCGGGCAUCGGUAAAGGGAUCAUAGCGAGCAGCAUUGGGACGAUUCUAAAAUCAUGUGGACUCCGAGUUACUGCCAUCAAAAUCGACCCCUAUAUAAACAUCGAUGCGGGCACUUUUUCACCUUAUGAGCACGGUGAAGUGUUUGUCUUAAACGAUGGUGGAGAAGUUGAUUUAGACCUUGGAAAUUAUGAAAGGUUCUUGGACAUUAAUCUUUAUAAAGACAACAACAUCACCACUGGGAAGAUAUAUCAACAUGUGAUCAAUAAAGAGAGGCGUGGCGAUUACCUGGGGAAAACAGUACAAGUUGUCCCUCACAUUACUGAUGCUGUCCAGGAGUGGGUUAUGAAUCAAGCCAUGGUGCCUGUGGAUGGUCAUAAGGAAGAGCCCCAAAUAUGUGUUAUUGAGCUGGGUGGCACCAUUGGAGACAUUGAAGGAAUGCCAUUUGUGGAAGCGUUCAGACAAUUCCAGUUUAAAGCAAAAAGAGAGAAUUUCUGUAAUAUCCAUGUUAGCCUUGUCCCACAGCCCAGUGCUACUGGAGAACAGAAAACCAAACCCACACAAAACAGUGUCCGUGCGUUGAGGGGCUUAGGCCUGUCUCCCGAUCUGAUUGUCUGCCGAAGUUCAACGCCCAUCGAAAUGGCUGUGAAGGAAAAGAUUUCUAUGUUUUGUCACGUGAACCCUGAACAGGUUAUAUGUAUCCACGAUGUUCCUUCCACCUACCGAGUACCUGUGCUUUUGGAGGAACAAGGCAUCGUUAAAUAUUUCAAAGAGAGAUUGGAUCUGCCUAUUGGGGAUUCUGCAAGCAAUUUGCUUUUCAAGUGGAAAAAUAUGGCUGACAGGUAUGAAAGGUUACAGAAAACGUGUUCCAUAGCCCUGGUUGGCAAGUACACCAAGCUCAGGGACUGCUAUGCCUCCGUGUUCAAAGCCCUGGAACACUCAGCGUUGGCCAUCAACCACAAGUUGAAUCUGAUGUACAUAGAUUCCAUUGAUCUGGAGCAGACUACCGAAACUGAGGACCCUGUGAAAUUCCACGAAGCUUGGCAGAAACUCUGCAAAGCUGAUGGUGUUCUUGUGCCAGGAGGCUUCGGAAUCAGAGGAACGUUGGGAAAACUCCAGGCGAUUUCUUGGGCACGGUCAAGGAAGAUUCCUUUUCUGGGAGUUUGCCUUGGGAUGCAACUGGCAGUGAUAGAAUUUGCGAGAAACUGCCUUAACUUGAAAGAUGCUGAUUCCACAGAAUUUGAGCCAAAUGCCCAUGUUCCUGUGGUGAUUGAUAUGCCGGAACACAACCCUGGCAAUUUGGGAGGAACGAUGAGGCUGGGAAUAAGAAGAACUGUUUUCAAAACUGAAAAUUCAAUAUUAAGGAAACUUUAUGGUGACGUUCCUUUUAUAGAAGAAAGACACAGACAUCGGUAUGAGGUGAAUCCUAGCCUGAUCAACCAACUUGAGCAUAAUGACUUAAGUUUUGUAGGUCAGGAUGUCGACGGGGAGCGGAUGGAGAUCAUUGAACUGGCAAAUCACCCCUAUUUUGUCGGUGUCCAAUUCCAUCCUGAGUUUUCUUCGAGGCCAAUGAAGCCUUCCCCUCCAUACCUGGGGCUAUUACUUGCGGCAACUGGGACUCUGAAUGCCUACCUCCUUCAGGGAUGCAAGCUGUCUUCCAGUGAUAGAUACAGCGAUGCCAGUGAUGACAGCUUUUCAGAGCAAAGGAUAGCUGAGUUGGAAAUCAGCUGAAACUGAUACGUGACUUGGAAUCACCAGGACUGCCUGAGAGGGCUCUGAAGUAACCGAAGCCAAGAUGAAGGAAGUAUCUAAGGAAAUCACCACACUCAUAGAAUCACUCUUUUCUCCACCAAACAUGGGAUGUACAGCCUCGAGGGGAAUCUAAUAAUAUGCACUUCCAUGAACCAGAAUCAAAGGGGUAGUUUUCUUUUUCCUCCAGAGGUGACCUUUGGUUCUUGCAAAUUUCUGUAGCCAAUUAAACUUUUCCCAGCAACUUCAGCGGGCAGAAAGUGUGUUGGUGUCUUGUCUGGUGUAUGGAGACGUCCAGGUGGUGAGGAAGGAUCCAGGUAGCUGAGCCUUCUCUGGGCUAUAUGGGAAGGCCGGCAGGGCACACGCAACAACUAAUUUUGUGUCAAAAAUGAGUCAUUCUGUUACCUGGAAUUCAGCCACAGAUUUGCAUGUGGCCCAAGUUUAUUUCAGUUUGUCACUCUGUUUAUUUGUAGUAAAAAGUAAAAUGAAACAGGUCCAAGACUGGGGGUGGUAAGUAAGGCCCUGGCCUCAGGCACAGAAUAUAAGGGGGCAUAAAAAAACUCAGGAAUCAAGAUCGGUAACAUAUGUAUAUAUAUUUACUUGGGGUGAAAUAUCACAUAACAUAGAUUAACCAUUUCAGAGUGAACAGUGCAGGAGCACUGGGUCCAUUCGCAGUGCUGUGCAACCACCACCUUCAUCUGGUUCCGUCCCUCUUCCCAGCCGCCCCCACAGCCACUUAUCUCCUUUCUAUUUCUAUGGAUGGGCCUAUCCUGGAUAUUUCAUAUUAGUGGAAUCAUAUAAUACGUGGCCUCUCGUGUCUGGCUUCUUUCACUGAGCUUGAUGUUUUCAAGGUUCAUCCACGUUGUGGCCUAUGUCAGUUCUUCCUUGCUGUGGCUGAAUGAAUUUCCUGGUGUGGAUUAGGCUACAAUUUGUUUAUUCAUU